CCGCCCGCGCGGCGGAGCCGGGAUCUGCGACUGGACGCGACGGGCCGCCGCCGGCCAGCACCGCCCGGCUGCCAAGAUGUGCGACUGCUUCCACAUGAUGCUGCCCAACUGGCCCGAAGCCCCCGGCAGCGCGUCUGGCCGGCAGUUGCAGCCUGAAGAGCCAGAUGCAGAAACCGCGGAGGACCAGUCCGUGACGGAAGGGUCUGUGGAUGAGAUCAUUCGGCCCCGGCCACAGGGGUCCUCGCCCGUCUACGAGUACGUGACUGAGGGCGCCGGCUUCGGACUCCCGGAAGACACGCCAAGGAGGCGGAGGUCCUGGUGGAAGCGGGAUUCGGGGGACUCGCAGACGCUUUCCAGGAUGAGCCGUCUGGAGUCCACGCAGGAGGCGACAGAGGGGACACUGAAGACCAAGGUGGAGGCUGGAGCCAGUGGCUACAUUGUCACGGGCGGCGGGGACCAGGGGAUCUUUGUCAAGCAGGUGCUGAAGGAGUCCUCAGCUGCCAAGCUCUUCAGCCUGAGAGAAGGGGAUCAGCUGCUCAGCACAACCAUAUUCUUUGACGACAUUAAAUACGAAGAUGCUCUCAAAAUCCUCCAGUACUCAGAGCCUUACAAGGUUCAGUUCACAGUCAGGCGGCAGCUUCCCGCCCGGGAGGACGAGGAGGGAGCUUCCGGCGGCGCUCCGCGUGGCUCGAGGGGCAGCAAGAAGCAGGACCAGGAUAUCGCCGAAGGGCGCACGGAGACCCCCACGGAGACGCUGCAGGAGGAUGGAGACCAGGAGAGGCUCAUCUCCAAGCCCAGGGAGGGCAGAGGCAGGCAGCCCCAGAGGGAGCGGCUCUCCUGGCCCAAAUUCCAAGCUCUGAAGAGCAAGCGUGGGCCAGGGCCCCGGAGGUCGCACAGCUCCUCGGAGGCCAGCGAGCGAGGGGACGUGCCUGACCUGUCCCCCACGAGCACAGACACGGAGGCCCAGCUCCCGGAAGCAGGGCCAGGCAGGCAGCGGAAGAAAAGCUUCCCGAACCUGAGAUUCCGGGUGGGCUCAGGGAAGGGGCUGUCGGGCAGGGGAGCCCACGGGGGGACAGUCCAGGCUGGGGUCCUGGUGGAGACAGGGCCCCGGGAUUCCGGGCGAGAGGCCUCCAGGGCUGCCGCCCAUGGCGGGAGAGAGGACAGGACGGCAGGGGUGCCAGAGGCCGCCGAGCCCCCCACGGAGCCUGGCCUCCCCACUGAGGGAGCCCCCGGGGAAGGGGCCGGCCCAGCACCCAGACCCCGAAGAAAGACAAAAGAGGCCAAGGACAGGGGGGAGACUGUGGCCCAGGGAACAGCCGGGCUGGGCCCAGCGCCAGGACAGAGCAGGGAGGGGGCCGGGGAAGGCACACAGGCGCUGGAGCUCGGCACUGCCAGGCUGUCUCUGCAAGACUCAGCAGACCAAGGCACCCACCAAAACCACCAACCAGAAUUCCAUGUCCGCAUACCCACUUUAAAGACACCCAAGUUUGGACUUUACAAAGAAAAAGUGCUCGAGAAAGAAGGAGCCGCGACAGCUCUCCAGCAGGGACCACGGCAGAGAAGGGUCUCUGCUGAGGGCACGGAGGCCAAGGGGGAGGAUGCAGGGGAAGCAGAAAAGCACAGGCCCAGACAACCCCCAGUCCAUCCGCCAGCGCAAGAGGGAGGAGCAACGGAGGAAGAUGCAGCCCAGAAGAGAGACGAGGACAGCAAGGGCGGGGGCCCGCACACGGACGAAAAGGAGGGGAAGAUGAAAAUGCUAAGGUUCAAGCUGCCCUCCUUUGGGUGGUCGCCAGCGAAGGAGGCAAAAGGAGACAAAGCGACACAACUCCAGGAAACAGAGAAGGAAAAGGAGAGCAGCAUCACAGUAGAAACGUUAGAGACGGACAUGAAAGGCAAAGGUGGACUAGAGCGAGACAGCAAGUUCCAAAUGCCCAGGUUCAAGAUGCCGUCCUUCAGGGUGUCAGCGCCCAGCAAGUCCGUCCAGGCCGCCGUGGAGGUGUCCGUGCCCAAGGCCCAGGCCGAAGUGACCCUGACCUUGGUGCAGGCCGACGUCAAGACCAGUGACCUUAGGAUUGAGCAGCUCUCUGCUGAGCUGGAGGUCAAGGCCACUGAAGUGGGCGUGAAGCUCCCGGAGGGCCACCAUCCCGAAGCGGAGCCCAAGGAAGCAGCAGCGGGAAUCGGACUCAAGGGCCACCUGCCCAAGGUGCAGAUGCCCAGCAUCAAGGCCCCCCAGGUGGACAUCAAAGGACCCAAACUGGACCUGCAGGACGCCAAGGGCGAGGUGACGGCCCACGACGCGGAGGUGUCACUGCCCAGCGUGGAGGUGGACACCCAGGCCGCAGGUACCAAGUUGGAGGGCGACAUGUCCCUGGGGGACAAGGAGGUGGCCGCCAGAGACAGCAAGUUCAAAAUGCCCAAGUUCAAGAUGCCGUCCUUCGGGGUGUCAGCGUCCAGCAAGUCCGUCGAAGCCUCCUUGGACGGGUCUGGCCCCAAGGACCAGGCUGAGGUGACCCUGCCCUCGGUGCAGGCCGACGUCAAGACCAAUGACCUCAGCAUCGAGCUGCCUUCCGCCGAGCUGGAUGUCAAGGCCGCCGAGGUGGGCGUGAAGCUCCCGGAGGACCACCUUCCCGAAGCGGAGCCCAAGGAAGAGGCAGCGGGAAUCGGACUCAAGGGCCACCUGCCUACGGUGCAGAUGCCCAGCAUCAAGGUGCCCGAGGUGGACAUCAAGGGGCCCAAACUGGACCUGAAGGACGCCAAAGGCGAGGUGAAGGUCCCUGACGUGGAAGUGUCACUGUCCAGCAUGGAGGUGGACAGCCAGGCGGAGGGCAUCAUGCUGGCGGGCGAUGUGUCCCUUGGGGACAAGGAGGUGGCCGCCAGAGACAGCAAGUUCAAAAUGCCCAAGUUCAAGAUGCCGUCCUUCGGGGUGUCAGCGCCCAGCAAGUCCGUCCAGGCCGCCAUGGAGGUGUCCGUGCCCAAGGCCCAGGCCGAAGUGACCCUGCCCUCGGUGCAGGCCGACGUCAAGACCAGUGACCUCAGCAUCGAGCUGCCCUCCUCCAAGCUGGAGGUCAAGGCCGCCGAGGUGGGCCUGAAGCUCCCAGAGGGCCACCUUCCGGAAGCGGAGCCCAAGGAAGCAGCAGCGGGAAUCGGACUCAAGGGCCACCUGCCCAAGGUGCAGAUGCCCAGCAUCAAGGUGCCCAAGGUGGACAUCAAGGUCCCCCAGGUGGACAUCAAGGGGCCCAAACUGGACCUGAAGGACGCCAAAGGCGAGGUGACGACCCCCGACAUGCAGGUGUCGCUGCCCAGCGUGGAGGUGGACACCCAGGCCGCGGGCAUCAUGCUGGCGGGCGAUGUGUCCCUUGGGGACAAGGAGGUGGCCGCCAGAGACAGCAAGUUCAAAAUGCCCAAGUUCAAGAUGCCGUCUUUCGGGGUGUCAGCGCCCAGCAAGUCCGUCCAGGCCACCAUGGAGGUGUCCGUGCCCAAGGCCCAGGCCGAAGUGACCCUGCCCUCGGUGCAGGCCGACGUCAAGACCAGUGACCUCAGCAUUGAGCUGCCCUCCACCGAGCUGGAUGUCAAGGCUGCCGAGGUGGGCGUGAAACUCCCAGAGGGCCACCUUCCCGAAGCAGAGAUCAAGGAAGAGGUUGCGGGAAUCGGACUCAAGGGCCACCUGCCCAAGGUGCAGAUGCCCAGCAUCAAGGUGCCCAAGGUGGACAUCAAGGGCCCCCAGGUGGACAUCAAGGGGCCUAAACCGGAAUUGCAGGACGCCAAGGGCGAGGUGACGACCCCCGACGUGGAGGUCUCACUGCCCAGCGUGGAGGUGGACAGGCAGGUCGCGGACAGCAAGCUGGAGGGCGAUGUGUCCCUUGGGGACAAGGAGGUGGCCGUCACAGACAGCAAGUUCAAAAUGCCCAAGUUCAAAAUGCCAUCCUUCGGGGUGUCAGCGCCCAGCAAGUCCGUCGAAGCCUCCUUGGAGGGGUCUGGGCUCAAGACUCAGGCCGAGGUGACCCUGCCCUCGGUGCAGGGCGACGUCAAGACCAGUGACCUCAGCAUCGAGCUGCCUUCCGCCGAGCUGGAUGUCAAGGCCGCCGAGGUGGGCGUGAAGCUCCCGGAGGACCACCUUCCCGAAGCGGAGCCCAAGGGAGAGGCAGCGGGAAUCGGACUCAAGGGCCACCUGCCCAAGGUGCAGAUGCCCAGCAUCAAGGUGCCCAAGGUGGACAUCAAGGGGCCCAAACUGGACCUGAAGGACGCCAAGGGCGAGGUGACGACCCCCUAUGUGGAGGUGUCACUGCCCAGCAUGGAGGUGGACACCCAGGCCGUCAGCACCAAGCUGGAGAGCGACGUGUCCCUUGGGGACAAGGAGGUGGCCACCAGAGACAGCAAGUUCAAAAUGCCCAAGUUCAAGAUGCCGUCCUUCGGGGUUUCAGCGUCCAGCAAGUCCGUCGAAGCCUCCUUGGACGGGUCUGGCCCCAAGGACCAGGCUGAGGUGACCCUGCCCUCGGUGCAGGCCGACGUCAAGACCAGUGACCUUAGCAUCGAGCAGCUCUCCGCCGAACUGGAUGUCAAGGCCAACGAGGUGGGUGUAAAGCUCCCGGAGGGCCACCUUCCCGAAGUGGAGCCCAAGGAAGCAGUGGCGGGAAUCGGACUCAAGGGCCACCUGUCCAAGGUGCAGAUGCCCAGCAUCAAGGUGCCCAAGGUGGACAUCAAGGGGCCCAAACUGGACCUGAAGGACGCCAAAGGCGAGGUGACGACCCCCGACAUGCAGGUGUCGCUGCCCAGCGUGGAGGUGGACACACAGGUCGCGGACAUCAUGCUGGCGGGCGAUGUGUCCCUUGGGAACAAGGAGGUGGCCGCCAGAGACAGCAAGUUCAAAAUGCCCAAGUUCAAGAUGCCGUCCUUCGGGGUGUCAGCGCCCAGCAAGUCCGUCCAGGCCGCCGUGGAGGUGUCCGUGCCCAAGGCCCAGACCGAAGUGACCCUGCCCUCGGUGCAGGCCGACGUCAAGACCAGUGACCUCAGCAUCGAGCUGCCCUCCUCCAAGCUGGAGGUCAAGGCCGCCGAUGUGGGCCUGAAGCUCCCGGAGGGCCACCUUCCGGAAGCGGAGCCCAAGGAAGCAGCAGCGGGAAUCGGACUCAAGGGCCACCUGCCCAAGGUGCAGAUGCCCAGCAUCAAGGUGCCCAAGGUGGACAUCAAGGGGCCCAAACUGGACCUGAAGGACGCCAAGGGCGAGGUGAUGACCCCCGACAUGGAGGUGUCGCUGCCCAGCGUGGAGGUGGACACCAAGGCCGCGGACAUCAUGCUGACGGGCGAUGUGUCCCUUGGGGACAAGGAGGUGGCCGCCAGAGACAGCAAGUUCAAAAUGCCCAAGUUCAAGAUGCCAUCCGUUGGGGUGUCAGCGCCCAGCAAGUCUGUCAAGGCCGCCAUGGAGGUGUCCGUGCCCAAGGCCCAGGCCAAGGUGACCCGGCCCUCGGUGCAGGUCGACGUCAAGACCAGUGACCUCAGCAUCGAGCUACCCUCCUCCAAGCUGGAGGUCAAGGCCGCCGAGGUGGGCGUGAAACUCCCGGAGGGCCACCUUCCUGAAGUGGAGCCCACGGAAGCGGCAGCUGAAAUUGGACUCAAGGGCCACCUGUCCAAGGUGCAGAUGCCCAGCAUCAAGGUGCCCAAGGUGGACAUCAAGGGGCCCAAACUGGACCUGAAGGACGCCAAAGGCGAGGUGACGACCCCCGACGUGGAGGUGUCACUGCCCAGCGUGGAGGUGGACAGCCAGGUCGCGGACAGCAAGCUGGAGGGCGAUGUGUCCCUUGGGGACAAGGAGGUGGCCGUCACAGACAGCAAGUUCAAAAUGCCCAAGUUUAAAAUGCCAUCCUUCGGGGUGUCAGUGCCCAGCAAGUCCGUCGAAGCCUCCUUGGAAGGGUCUGGGCUCAAGACUCAGGCCGAGGUGACCCUGCCCUCGGUGCAGGGCAACAUCAAGACCAGUGACCUCAGCAUCGAGCUGCCUUCCGCCGAGCUGGAUGUCAAGGCCGCCGAGGUGGGCGUGAAACUCCCGGAGGGCCACCUUCCCGAAGCAGAGAUCAAGGAAGCAGUGGCGGGAAUCGGACUCAAGGGCCACCUGCCGAAGGUGCAGAUGCCCAGCAUCAAGGUGCCCAAGGUGGACAUCAAGGGCCCCCAGGUGGACAUCAAGGGGCCCAAACUAGACCUGAAGGACGCCAAAGGCGAGGUGACGACCCCCGACAUGGAGGUGUCGCUGCCCAGCGUGGAGGUGGACACCAAGGCCGCGGACAUCAUGCUGGCGGGCGAUGUGUCCCUUGGGGACAAGGAGGUGGCCGCCAGAGACAGCAAGUUCAAAAUGCCCAAGUUCAAGAUGCCGUCCUUCGGGGUGUCAGCGCCCAGCAAGUCCGUCCAGGCCACCAUGGAGGUGUCCGUGCCCAAGGCCCAGGCCGAAGUGACCCUGCCCUCGGUGCAGGCCGACGUCAAGACCAGUGUCCUUAGCAUCGAGCUGCCCUCCACCAAGCUGGAUGUCAAGGCUGCCGAGGUGGGCGUGAAACUCCCGGAGGGUCACCUUCCCGAAGUGGAGCCCAAGGAAGCAGUGGCGGGAAUCGGACUCAAGGGCCACCUGUCCAAGUUGCAGAUGCCCAGCAUCAAGGUGCCCAAGGUGGACAUCAAGGGGCCCAAACUGGACCUGAAGAACGCCAAGGGCGAGAUGAUGACCCCCUAUGUGGAGGUGUCUCUCCCCAGCGUGGAGGUGGACACCCAGGCCACGGGCACCAAGCUGGAGGGCGACGUGUCCCUUGGGGACAAGGAGGUGGCCGCCAGAGACAGCAAGUUCAAAAUGCCCAAGUUCAAGAUGCCGUCCUUCGGGGUGUCGGCUCCCAGCAAGUCCGUCGAAGCCGCCUUGGAAGAGUCCGUACCCAAUGUCCAGGCCCAGGUGACCCUGUCCUCGGUGCAGGCCGACGUGAAGACAAGUGCCCUCAGCAUCGAGCUGCCCUCCACCGAGCUGGAGGUCAAGGGUGCCAAGGUGGGCGUGAAGCUCCCAGAGGGCCACCUUCUCAGAGCAGAGCCCAAGGAAGUGGCGCUGGGAAUUGCGCUCAAAGGCCACCCGCCCAAAUUGGAGAAGCCCAGCAUCAAGGUGCCCAAGGUGGACAUUGAGGGGCCCAAGCUGGACCUGAAGGACGCCAAGGGUGAGGUACUCACAAAAUACCAGGUGACUCUCCCUGGAGCCGCUGUCUCCCCGGGGCUCCCUCUGGAAGCGGCCCCUUGUUCCCAGAACGAUGCCUAUCUUCCCAGCUCAGAAAGUUCUGCCAGUCUUCCAACCCAGGAGAGAGUUGCAGCAUCCCAGAGUGACAGUCCCGCAGGCCCUGUGGACCCCAUGUUUUUUGCGUCAUACGGUCGGGUGAGUUUUCCUAAGUUUCAUCCACCAAAGUUCGGGUUUUCUGUCCCAGAAGCAGCCGAUGCAGAGGUGGAGGCCAGUGCCGGGGAUUGUGCCCCCUCUCUCUCCACUACUGGCCCUGCCCGGGGCCGGGACUCCACAGCUGUGCCGCGCAGUGCGUGGCCGUCGGCAGUGGCUGCAGGUGAGAGCCCAGCUAAAGAUACUGGACGUGGGGGGGAAGAUAGUCCCUUAAAAAUGCCGUGGAUCAAGCUUCCGUCAUUCAGCUGGUCCCCAGAGAAGGGGGUGGUGCCCCCAGAGGACCCUGAAUGCAGCCUGGACGACGCAGAGAUCAGCGUGGCUGUGGACACGGGUCACAAGGGCGUGCCCCCUGGGUGUCCUGUGUCUGCUGUGGACGCGCUUCCGGAGAAGGACGGAGAGGAGAGUGGCGUGGGGUCGCCUGGCUGUGCUGUGCUGGAACACGCACCUCUCACAGGGCUCACUCCAGAGGGCGGGCCCGGCCUGCCACGCGGAGACCCCGCUGCUCCACGCUCUAGGCCCCCGGUGGGGGGUGGCGCUCCAGAAGGCGCGGACGUGGACCCCCGUCUGCCACAGGCCCACGCUCCCCUUUUGGACUUUGUCAGACCCGACCUCAGACCCAGCAAGGCCGAGGUGGGGGGGAGCUCGUCAGCUGGUGGCCCUCCGUCUCCGGGACACAGCAGCCAAGGGCACGGGCUCCGGGACGGCUCAGCAAGCCAGCCUCUCAGCGAGGCGACGGCCCCCUCGGUAGGAGACCCCCAGCAGCCGUCCUGCAGCCCAGCAGAUGUGGACGCUCCCGCGGUGGGGAGCGCGGCCUUGCAGGGGGGCUGGUUCAGGAUGCCCGCGCUCCGCCUGCCCAGCCUCCGGCGCCCCGCCAGGGAGAGGGGGGCGGCUGGGGCUCGGGGGGCGCCAGUGCCCGCGCCUGCUGCCAGCACACUGAGGGAAGGAGAAAGCCCAGCUCCAGUCAGGGGUCAGGGGGUUCCUGGGUCAGAGGUGGAAGAAGCUAUGUCCCUGCAGCCCCCAGAGGCAGGGGCAGACGAGGCAGCAGCGGAGCUCGCGUCCCACGCAGACGCAGACGUCCUAAAGAGAAGUCCUGAGGACAAACGCUCAGAGCCGUACCUCUCUCCUGCAGGGGCGCCCGCUGCAGGCCUUUCCCCUUCCGAGGCCAGGGUCCGUCCAGGCGAAGGCUCCCUCCCUCUUCAGAUGCCUAGCGGCAGGCUUUCAGGAACCCAGGCCCCUCCUGCUGGGCCUGCAGGACCGGGCCUUGCUGCGGGGCAGGGGCGGGCAGAGGAAUGGCCCUCCCAGCCUGAAGGCCCCAUUAAACUGAAGGCGUCCAGGACCGACGGGCCGUCCCAGGUUUCUGUCGUUAACAUGGGUCAGCCCUGGGAAGGCUCCGUGGUAACUGUCAGACUGCCCAGGUUAAGCGUGCCAAGGUUCGCCUUUCCUGACCCCAGCUCCGAGGCCGACGUCUUUAUCCCCGCCGUGACAGAAGUGCAGUGCCCGGGGAGCAGCCUUGCCCACGCCCUGCACGAGGGAAGCCCGGGAGUCUGGGGCGCCAGCAUCCUGAGGGCAGGUGCUGGGACCCCUGAGGGGCAGCCUGUGGCCCUUGGCUUCUCCCCGGAAGCUUCCCCCAUUUCCGAGGUCAGAGUGCAUGUUCAGCGUGCGCAGGGAGAGGGCCCCGAGGUCGCCGUCCACAGCAGGGCGACGGCAGAGUUGGCUGACCUCUCGGGACCCGAGGCUAUUUCCACCCAGGUCGUGCGGCAAUUGGAGAUCCCCGCGUCUGAGAUCCAAACGGCUUCUUACGGAUUCUCGUUGCUGAAGGUGAAGAUGCCGGAGCCCCGCACGCGGGUGAGUGUCCGAGACUCCCGGCUGAGGGAUGGCCUGCAGGAGGCUUCCCAACAGGCCGCCCCGGGAGCAGAGCCCACCGCUGGAGGUCUGCAGCCGGACACCGCAGGACCGUCUGAAGUGAUCUCGCCCAGUGUCGAUGUGCCUGGACAGCCAACGUUCACGCCCAAAGUGGCCUCUGGCCGCCAGGGUGCCGACAGCUGCUCCGACAGGGACGAGGCUGCAGAGGUUCUCGCAUUUCCCCCUAAAGAAGCCGGCGGGGAGGCAGCUACCUCCCGGGCAGAGGAAGGCUCGGCUCCAGGAGAGAAACCAGGAGGUAGAAGGUCUGGUCUGUUCAGGUUUUGGCUUCCGAACAUUGGCUUUUCUUCCUCUGCCGAAGAGCCGCGCGCUGAUUCCAAAGGCGAGGCCCGCGCGGCGGCUGCCCUCCAGACACAGCCUGGGGCACGGCCUGAGGCAGAGCUCCCUAGGAAGCCCCAGAGGGCGGGCUGGUUGCGAUUCCCCACAUUAGGGCUCUCCUCCUCUCCCACCAAGAAAAGCGAAAGCUCUGAAGACGAGGCAGCUCUGGCAGAGCAAAACGCCCAAGAACAAGCGGUCACGUUCUUUGAUGCCCCAGAAAGCUUCUCUCCAGAGGGCGAGGGGGCCGGGGGGCCGGUGGAGACUGCGGGCGCCAGAGCGAUGGCCACGUCCACGGCAAGGACGGGGCUGGUCCUGCUGGAGCAGGACCCAGAGGGCGGGAUGCACCUGCACCCGGGCCCACCACAGAGUGAGGACAGACGGACAGACGAAAGGAGGCCCAGCGAAGCUCCCACCGUGAGGACGCGCGUGUCCACCUUGAUUCACAGCACCGAGAGCGAAGCAGAGGUGCCCGAGAGCGGCGGGGCCCCGCCCUCACACAGCCCCCCCGAAGUGGGACCCCAAACACGCCGGCCUCCCAGAGCCUCCACAGCAGAGGCGGCACCCGGACGCCCCACGCGACCCCAGCCCCACGCGGGGUCCUGUGCUCCUGACGGUCUUGGUUAGACACGUGUUACUCGAGAUCCCUGCCCACGAGGCCCUCGAGAACACAACUGCUGCUUGGAGAAGGGGCUGUGACGGCCGUGGGUGCAGAAGUCGUUUGGGGUUCAACUCCUGUCCUGCUGCUGCCUCCUGGUGAAGGUCGAUUCGCUCUUUCGGGCAGAGUCUGGCGUGUUCCAGGAGACCCCGCUCCCCGCUCGCUUGCAAGCAGCUCACUCCGCUGUUGGAUGCCUGGCCGCCAGCGCGGCAAAUGCACGCGCCCUGGGCUGGGGGCGGGCGAGCCAGCAGAGGUCGUUCAGACGGCCGUGAGUUCCCACGGGACGGUCUCUGGGCGUCCGCUUGCCCGCGGCACCCCCCCCCCUCCGCGUGCCCGGCCCCUCAGUGUACCCGCUGCGGCCAGGCUGCAGACGGGACCUGUCUGGCUGCUCCCGGGACCCUGGACGGGCAAUAAAUCCAGUGCUGCUUCCCCA